GCGCGUGAUUUGUUAUCGCGUAAGAAUAGGAGGAGGAAGCUAAAUGUGUGGAGACGGAACACGGAAGCGGAAGCGGAUGCAGAGGAAACUUCUCUCAUUCCGACGGAACACGGAUAUCGAUGACAGCAUGAUGAGACAGAACGAAGAACGGGAGCGCCUACAAAGUGAUCAGACUUGACGUUGUCGUUGAUCUUUUGAUUCAGAUCAGUUUCAUCCAUCUUAUUCUGUUUUUAAAGCAUCAACUGCAUCAUCGCAAUAUAAUAUCAACCAGAUUUGUAGUUGUAUAUUAUUAUCACGACUACCACAACACCACCACCACCACCAAAUUUCGCCAACUCAGCAAAAUGGGUUCCAUAGCAAAGGAAGAACAGCCAUCGACAAAGGUUGAAAAGCCAACCUUCUCAUCUAAAGCAAAUACACUUGAAUUUGCGCAAUCACUUGAUGCUAAAGAUCAUAUGCGAAGAUUUCGCGAUCAAUACAUUAUUCCAUCAAAAGCCAACAUUAAAACAAAGAAGCUUGCAAAACCAGGUCUCUCGGAUGAACCAUCCAUCUAUUUCUGUGGAAACAGUUUAGGACUCCAACCUAAAUGUGUUCAGGAGUAUCUUCAAGCCCAUCUUGAUACCUGGUCUUCCAUUGCUGUCCACGGUCAUUUCCGCGACUUGGAAGAUUCUCCUCUAACACAAUGGCAAUUACUCGCCGAACAUGCUGCCAAACAAUGUGCACCCAUUGUAGGAGCCAAGGCCUCCGAGGUUGCGAUUAUGGGUACUUUGACUACGAAUUUACAUUUAUUGAUGGCUUCAUUUUACACACCAACUCCUGAAAAGAGCAAGAUCAUUAUGGAGUGGAAAGCAUUCCCCAGUGAUCAUUAUGCUAUCGAAUCGCAAAUCAGAGGACACGGAUAUAACCCCGAAGAAGCUAUGGUGAUGAUUGCACCAGAUGAAGGAAGCUACGAGAUUUCUACCGAGAAAAUCCUCCGUACCAUUGACGAGCACGCAUCCACUACCGCGCUUCUCCUCUUACCCGGUAUUCAAUACUACACCGGACAACUUUUCGAUAUCAAGACUAUUACAGCAUAUGCACAAUCCAAGGGAUUGACAGUAGGAUGGGAUUUAGCACAUGCAGCUGGAAAUGUCCCACUACAACUCCACGACUGGAAUGUCGAUUUCGCGGUUUGGUGUACGUACAAGUAUAUGAAUGCUGGACCUGGAAGUAUCGCGGGUGCAUAUGUGCAUGAGAGACAUGGAGAGGUGGAUUAUAGUGAAGGAGAGGAGAAGCCAAAGUACAGACAUAGAUUGAUGGGAUGGUAUGGAGGAGAUCAAAGUUGUCGGUUCUUGAUGAAUAACAAAUUCCGUCCAUCUCCCGGUGCCUCCGGCUACCAAGUCAGUAACCCCUCAGUCGUCGAUCUCACCUCUCUCUGCGCCGCCCUCUCAAUCUUCAACCAAACAUCCAUGGCUGAAAUCUCUCAAAAAACUCUCCAUCUAACCGCCUACCUCGAACAUCUCCUCUUAUCAACCAAUUCCUCAGAUUCUCCUGCUUUCCGUAUCAUCACCCCUUCGGAUCCUUCAGCAAGAGGAACACAACUCAGCGUUCUGUUAAAACCCGGACGCUUAGAAACUCUCUCAGAUAUGCUCGAAGAAGCAGGUAUCGUUGCCGAUAAAAGAAAACCAGAUGUCAUUCGUGUGGCGCCUGUGCCGCUCUAUAAUACGUAUGAGGAUGUAUGGAACUUUGUGCAGAUUUUCAACAAGGCUUUGGAGAAAUGUGAGGAGGCUUAAUUGGGGGUUUUAAUGGGAGCUCAAAAGGGUGUGUGUUUUGUGCAUAGCUGCAUAAGGGUCUUGGUUGCUUUUCGUAGUACAUAUUUUAACGUAUAUAUCCAAAUGAUUUAACGAUUUUCAAAACAGGCUGAAAUUACAGCUGCA